AUGGAAGAUCCAGCGCACUCAAAACCCGCUAAAGUUAAGACUCAUACAUGGGGCCCCUUGACCAUUUUGGGGGUCCUGCUAGGAAUGGGGAUGACUGCCGGGGGGGAAAGCCCCCAUCAGGUAUAUAAUAUCACCUGGAGGGCUACCAAUCUUAUGACAGGAACUACGGCGAAUUCCACCUCCAUAUUGGGGACACUGACGGAUGCCUUCCCCACUCUUUAUUUUGAUCUUUGUGACCUGGUAGGAUCAUCUUGGGAUCCUUCUGACCAAGAACCAUUCUCUGGUUACGGAUGCCACCAUCCAGGAGGAAGGCAUGGGACCCGGACUAAAGACAUUUAUGUUUGCCCUGGUCAAGGCAGGACCCGUGGAUGUGGGGGUCCCGGAGAGGGGUACUGUGCUCGAUGGGGAUGUGAGACCACGGGAGAAGCUUAUUGGAAGCCUAGCUCCUCCUGGGACUUAAUUACCCUCAAACGAGGAACAAUUUCCGGGUAUACAGGGAGAGGACCAUGGAUAUGCGGGGGUAAAGCCUGUGGUCCAUGUUAUGAUUCCCUGACCACCACCAACGUUCAGGGCUCUACCCCAGGGGGCAGAUGCAACCCCUUGAUCUUACAAUUUACUGAACAGGGAAAGAAAGCAGCAUGGGAUGGACCUAAGUCUUGGGGGCUACGCCUCUACCGUACUGGAUAUGACCCCAUCACCUUGUUUUCAAUUUCCCGACAAAUUAUGAGUGCUACCCCAUCACAGUCCGUCGGCCCCAAUACUAUCUUGGGAGACCAGCAGUCCCCCUCUAAGUCCAACCCUCCCCCCAAACCUCAACCCAUACCAUUGGUUACGGCAUCACCUUCACACACAACCACCAGCUCGCCCCCCAGAUCUGGCCCCAAAACCCCGAGCAUUACAACGGCCCUCCAGCAACCCGGGAUGGGGGAUCGACUCCUGAAGUUAGUCGAGGGAGCCUUCUUAACCUUAAACUACUCUGAUCCCACCCGGACGCAGGAAUGUUGGCUAUGUCUGGUUUCGCAUCCCCCGUACUAUGAAGGCAUUGCUGUUUCGCGGAAUUUUUCCAAUCACACUUCUGCCCCAACCAGUUGUACAGCCCUUUCAGAGCACAAACUAACAUUAUCUGAGGUAUCAGGAAGGGGACUUUGCAUAGGUAAGGUCCCCCCAUCUCAUCAGGUACUAUGUAACCUAACUCAAGAAGUUUGGCCAGGGUCCCAUUACCUGGAAGCCCCCAAUGGGACUUGCUGGGCUUGCAGUACGGGAUUGACACCCUGCGUGUCGACCUCAGUUCUCAAUGUCAGCUCUGACUAUUGCGUGCUCAUAGAACUAUGGCCCAAGAUAAUAUACCAUGAACCAGAAUACAUCUAUAGCCAUUUUGAGAAAAUUGGGGAAAUAACCCGGUUUCGCAGAGAACCUGUAUCUUUGACAUUAGCUUUACUGCUUGGUGGACUUACUGUAGGAGGUAUGGCGGCAUGAAUAGGGACAGGAGUAUUAGAAGAAUCAAUCAGUACUCUUGAGAAAUCUUUAACCUCACUCUCCGAGGUAGUCUUACAAAACAGAAGAGGACUAGAUAUUUUGUUCCUAAAAGAAGGAGGACUAUGUGCAGCCCUAAAAGAAGAAUGCUGCUUCUAUGCAGACCAGACUGGGUUGGUACGAGACACCUUGGACUCGGCCACAUUCAGACUGACCAAUGGGAACCCUGUAACUACGCUUCUCGCUUCUGUGCCCGUGCUUUUGCUCCUCAACCCCUAUAAAAAUUCCCCUACCCCAGCAGGCAGGCGCGCUAGUCAUUCAAAAGACUUUGCCACCCCAGGAAUAUUGUCUGGUAGGAGCAUCAAAGAGCACACAAAUGUGCAGAAGUUGGAUGCAAAGAGGUCUGGUCAAGAGAUGAUAUGGGGACUCUUUGAGCAUCUCCAGGUGGUUUGUGAAGGAGUCAAGGAUAUCCAGGAGGACGAGGAGGUGGCUCAUUAUUAUAAAGUGCUUGCCACAUAA